UUUUGUCAAUGAUAGCUCAGAUUUACUGUGUUCCUUAGCAACUCUUUUUAAAGAACAGAUCCAGCCUUUCUCAAGAAAAGAAAGUGCUGAAUAAAUUCUACUGCUGGUAAAUGGGUUGUUUCUCCCAUGCUGCAUAGUUUCAUAUUAAAGGUAAAGGCAAACUACUACUCUCAGACAGAUGUCAUUAUAGAGCUAUUCCACACAAGAACAUGAGUGAUAUAAGUCGAACUGAAAAAAUGGGAAGUGACCAGUGUUAUUUGUUUGCAAGAAAACUCCAGUUUACGGCAAAUGAGAACCUGGCAGAUGAACGGAGUGACAUUAUCACUAAACCAAAAUGCAUUCAAGACAUGGAUAUUUGGAAAAAACCGCCACCAGACUUUAGUGUAAAACUGUACAAGUCUUCAAAUUUUAACAAAAAUACUUUGGAAUCUAGAGACACAAAAGGGGGCAGAAGAAUAAAUACAUUUCUCCCGGAUUCUAGACAGACUCAGGUCCCUCAGAGGAAGACCGGCGAUCACCUCCCUUUACUGGUGCCAAAAGAAGAGCCCGUCAAUCCAUUCCUAACAAAGUUUAAAGCUUUUGGGCCGUUUGAGGCCAGUAUCUUGUUUGUGAAAAGUGGUGUUUACCCAAAAGACAGAUACAAAGACCCAAAACCCCAUGACUUUCGGCAGUAUGACGCUGGCAUACCUGAUUUCCAUACAGGAUACCCAAGGGAUCCUCUCAACCUUAAAUUAAAAACACAGCAUUUAAGCAUUGUUAAUGGACUUCGGCCUUUACAAGAGAAACGUCCACCAGCUAAAGGAUUUAUCACACAUCAGCCUGCUGCACUAUCAUGGGACUCAAAUCUAAUUCUACCCAAAAAUCCCUUCCCACCUAAAUCUGCAUCAUAUACUAGACACAGACGCCGCCGUGGGGUGUACAGUGCAUUCAUGGAUCGCGUUGAAGAAAAAUUUUCAGCAAGUAUUCAAAAACAAUCCCAGUAAAACAUGGGAAACAGAAUUUUCAAGAAAAAGGGAAUACCCUAAAAGCAAAUGGAUGGAACAUAUUCCUUAUUUAUAUAAUAGAGCCUAACCAGUUGUGUAGUAUCUGGCAAUCACUGUAUCCAAGGGAACUGAGGGGCAAACAAUCACCGGCACCUGUUCUUUGCACUUUGCACCACACUUCAGUUCGGUUUGGCUGCAAUAGAUCCUAAGACCUUAGGCAAACUUUGCACAUACUUUGUAGGUGCUUUUAACCCUUCACAUGCACAUAUUUUUGAAAACUAAGGGGAAGAAUUAUGAAAGAACAAACUGGGGAAUCCCAGCAGUGCCACCUAUUUUGCAGUUUAUUAAAACUUUCCUGACUGCUAGAAAAGUUUUUAAAGGUAAACUAUACCCCAAAUAAUGUAGGUCUAAGCGCCAUACAUGUUGGGCCACAUCAGACAAUUUAUGGACAAUGUUCUGCCUUUUGCUCCCACACUACUUCCUGUUACAGUCAGAGCUGCAUUAUUUCCUGUCAGCUGACCUCUGA